AUAGAGCGGUCCAAGCUCUGCAUUUUCAUGUGAUUUCUUUUGGUGCGCGCAGCUCCAUCAGGUGCUAGCUAGAAGCAGUAUGUAUCAGCUGGAGACCAUGGACGACUCCAGCUUGUUCAUGCAGUGGGCCGUGGACACGCUGCAGCACGACCACCCGCCGCUCGCCGCUGCCUACGCCGCCGGCGACAACUUCCCAUCACUCGAAGAGCUCCGCCGCUCGGCGUUGCAGCACGGCACGGCUCCGGCGGGAAUGGCGGUACAAGACGGCCACCGUCUCCUAUCCACCGACAGCUGGAGCUCCGGCGACAGCGCCGGCCGUGAAAGCAUGUCUGCCGCGGUCGUGGAGAACGACGUCAACUGCGCGACGACCUGCAGCGUCGGCAGCAGCAACAACUACCUGCCCAUGAGCUGGAACUUCACCUCGGCCAUGGCGCAGCCGAGCAACGAGGCGGCGCCAAGCCCCGCCACCGCUCCCUCAGCUGGAGCGCUCGACGGCCCCGGCGUGGUGGAGCAGGCCCACGUGUCGCCGCCGUCGAGGAGAGCCUCCGCCAAGAGCGCCGCCAGGGCUGGACACGCGCCGUACGCGCAGGACCACAUCAUGGCGGAGCGGAAGCGCCGGGAGAAGAUCAACCGGCGAUUCAUCGAGCUCUCCACCGUCAUCCCCGGCCUCAAGAAGAUGGACAAGGCGACGAUCCUUUCGGACGCCGUCAAGUACGUCAAGGAGCAGCAGGAAAAGCUCAAGGCGCUCGAGGACCGCAACCUCAGGAGCGUCGCCGUCGAGUCGGUGGUGCUCGUCAAGAAGUCGCGCACCGCCGUGCCGCAAGACGAUGACGUCGGCGGCUGCUGCCGGUCACCGUCUGCAGGUCCCGGGGCAGCAGCUGGAAGCACCACGACGACGACCGGGAGCGCGCUGCCGGAGAUCGAGGCGAGGAUCUCAGAGAGCAACGUGAUGGUGAGGAUCCACUGCGAGGACGGCAAGGGGGUGCUUAUCAGGCUGCUCGCCGAGGUGGAGGGGCUACACCUGAGCAUCAUGCACGCCAAUGCCGUCCCGUUCCAGGCUUGCACUGUCAUCAUAACCGUCAUGGCAAAGGUGGACGAAGGCUUCAGCGUCACGGCGGAGGAAAUUGUUGGGAAGAUAGAGGCGGCGUUGGCUGCACCCACGUCAUAGGGCCGGGAUAA